AUGACUGGUAGAGUGACAGUACACCCGCUACCAGCGGGUGUGCAUCAAAUGCCUCGCUUUGGCUGGUGCUCACAAGCUUUCGUGUUUCCACGAUCACGAAUCCCCGAUUUACUGGACCUAUACCGAUCUAAACGUGUCGGAUACGUGGACAUGAUCACCGAAGAAUAUGCAGAUGCAAAUGAUGAGGUUCGCUGGGCUGUGCAGCCUGCAAUUAUGCAGCAUGUUGGUCGACAAAGUUCUAAGGGUGACAGCACUAGUGUGGCAGGCUCUACGCGGCAUAAUUAUAAGGAAGAGCUUACUGACGUGGAAAAGCUGUGGAACUUUGGAUUUGAGCUGAAUGAUAUAGAGAAGCUUCGAGCUGAGCAUAACAGAGUGAUAGAUGGAUAA